GAGCAGCACCACAUGUUGGGGAUACACAUGCAGACAGCCAUGCUAGUUCUUAUGAUUGUUAGCAUUCCCCGGGCCAUGGUUUGGGCAAACACGAGAUCUAUUCUAGUUGCCUUUAGCCAAGAUCCUAAUAUAUCUAUAGAAGCAGGACAGUAUGCUUAGUUCAUGAUUCCAUGCCUUUUUGGUAACGGUCUUCUGCAAUGCUUUAACGGAUUUUUACGAAGCCAAAAUAUUGUAUUUCCAUUGUUCUUCAGUUCUGGAGUUACUAAUUUACUGCAUAUUCCUGUAUGUCACAUUAUGGUACUCAAAUCUGGACUAGGAUAUAAAGGAGCUGCCUUGGCGAAUGCUAUAUCUUAUUGGGUUAAUGUUUUGAUGUUGUCACUGUAUGUGAAGUUUUCUCCAUCAUUUGCUAAAACUUGGUUGGGUUUUUCAAAAGAGGCUCUGCAUAGCACUCACUUUUCUGAGACUAGCCAUUCCUUCAGCUGUUAUGGUUUGUAUGAAAUUUUAAUGUUCUAUUGGACAUUAUCAUGGCUGAUGAGCAGCUAGGAAACAUGGUCAUUCGAAAUGAUGGUUCUCUUGUCUGGCCUACUUCCAAAUCCAAAGUUGGAAAUAUCAGUGCUCUAUAUCUGCCUUAACACGGCAUCAAUUGUAUGGAUGAUUCCUUUUGGACUCAGUGGAGCUGUAAGCACUCGGAUCUCAAAUGAACUAGGAGCUGGUCAUCCACGUACUGCCCGAUUAGCAGUGUGUGUUGUGCCAGUAAUGGCCAUUAUUGAGGGCAUCUUAAUCGGAACGGUGCUAAUACUAAUACGCAAUAUUUGGGGACACGCUUACAGCAAGGAAGUAGAAGUAGUCAAAUAUGUAGCAACCAUGUUGCCAAUUCUUGCUUUAUCCAACUUCCUGGAUGGACUUCAAUGCGUUCUUUCAGGCACGGCAAAGAGGAUGUGGUUUGCAGAAACUUGGAGCUUUUGUCAAUCUUGGGUCAUAAUAUCUGGUUGGGAUUCCAUCGGCUGUCAUACUUGCUUUUGUCUUGCACAUUGGUGGCAAGGGACUUUGGUUGGGGAUCAUAUGUGCACUCUUCGUUCAAUUGUUAUCCUUGUUCAUAAUCACUGUUCGUACUGAUUGGGACAAUGAGGCAAUGAAAGCUAAAGAUAGAGUGGGUGAUUCAACGACCACAGAGGGCAUAGUCUCAUGAAGUUGUCAAGUCUUUACGUUAGUUGACACCUUAUGAAGGCAAAACCUUACACCAUUCUUUUGGCGUAAACAUGUCACAGUGGACAACAUUUGUAUCGAUGAUGCUGCUCGCUUUAGCUUCAACAUGGUGUAACUGAAGAGACUAGUUCAGUCUGUAAUGGCUAGAAAAGUCCUUCUAGUUCAAUGUAAUGCAGAGAAUAAAAGAAAGAUUUCCAAUCCUUAC